AUGCCGACCCUUUUCGGUCCUUACACUUCGUUCUCGAAACAAUAUCUUCAAACACACGCCAUCCCGGAUGCGCAUCCUACUGACAUCUUCGCGCUCGCUGUAACACCUUCGCAGGUGCUUUCCGCUUCCGGCUCGUCAAAUAUACGCAUCUACAGCACGAAAGGCCAAAUCAUCCACGCGGACACUCCAGAAGACGAACAUCCAUACCCGCUCGUUCAAACUCUGGAAAAGGUCCACCCACUCGGUUGCCACCAUAUUUGCACAAGCCUCGAUGGCAGGACAGCGGCAAGUGCCGGCUUCGGCGGCGAACUCAAUAUCUGGACCUGCUCGGAAGAAGGCUCCUGGACGCUCAAAGGCACCAUCACCCCCGAACCCAAGAAAGCAGGCGAGCACUGGGCUCUCGCCUUGAGCGAAAACGGCCAGUACCUAGCAUGUACCACCCACGAUGGCCGCAUAAACGUCUACGACACCUCUACCAUCUCCUCCGAAGGUAAAGCAGAAAAGAUCACGCAAUACGAAACGAAAGGCUCCCUCGGCAUGUCCGUCGACCUCUCCUCCAACGGCAGCAUGACCGCCUCCGGCCACCAAAACGGCAGCAUCUACAUUUUCAACAACACCACCUCCCGCAUGGCGCACAGUCUAUCCGGCCUCAUCAAACCCGUGCGAUCCGUCCGCUUCAGUCCCGCAUGUCGCUACCUAGCCGCAGCAGGUGACGCGCGGAUCAUCGCGCUUUACGACACGCAGUCUGGCGAGCAGAUUGCGAACUUGACCGGUCAUGCGAGCUGGAUUAUGAGCGUAGACUGGAAUUGGAGUGGUGAGUAUUUGUUAAGUGGUGGGUAUGAUGGCAAGGCGAAGAUUUGGAGUGUGGAGAGGAGGGAGUGUGUGGCGACGCAGACGGAGAGUGAGAAGUGCUUGUGGACUGUUAAGUGGCUACCGAAGGCGGCGAGUGCGAGGAAUGAGACGUUUGUUACGGCUGGGGCCGGGAAGGGACUGGCAUUUUAUAGGGAGGCUAGUGGGACGUGA